AUGCAAACGAAGAAGGCGAAACUCCAGCAGCAGGUGAACGUGUUGAACAAGCAGGAUGCUAUUUCGAGCAUUUUUCAAGGCAUUUCGGUCUUCGUAAAUGGCUAUACAGAUCCACCGGCUGCCGAACUGCGGCGCCUUGUACAGUUACACGGUGGUGAGUUUCACAUAUAUUACAAGCAUGGCACGACAACUUAUACUGUUGCAACUCAUUUGGCUGCUGGCAAAGCAAAAAAGCUUCGAAAAGAAGAAAAAAUUAUCCAUCCAAAAUGGAUCAUUGACAGCAUAAAAGCAGGAACUCGUCUGCGUGAAGAUGAUUAUUUGCUAUAUAAAAAUGCUGAAUUCCAAGCUGCGGUAGCCGAACGAUUUGGGGUUAACAAUUCUGCUAAUUCAAAUGUUGCACGAAAUGCAGCCAAUGAUCCAAAUUUUGUUAGUAAUUUUUACGAGAGAUCGCGGUUACACCUCAUCUCGACGCUGGCUCAAGAAAUGAAGCGAUAUGUUGCUGAGUUACGAGAAAAUCCAGCCGAAGAAUUCCCCUCUCGCGUCAAGCUGCUGCAUCUUGCCGAUGAAAAUUUUGAGGACGCUCCAAAGGAGACGAUUUGUCACGUUGAUUUGGAUUGCUUCUUCGUAUCGGUAGCUUUAAGAAGUCGUCCGGAAUUAAUUGGGAAGCCAGUGGCUAUCACUCACUCAAAAGGCACAGAGGGCGCUGGCAUGUCGGAGAUUGCAUCGUGCAGUUACGAAGCUCGAGCGCAGGGCGUUCGCAAUGGUUGUUUUAUUAAAGAUGCUAAGAAGACCUGUCCUGAUCUGAUCUGCCUUCCUUAUCAAUUUGAUGAUUAUCGUCAAGUCUCAAAACAAAUUUAUUCUAUCAUCUCGGGGUAUACACUUGAUAUACGUGCUGUAAGUUGCGAUGAGAUGUAUGUUGAUUUGGAAACCUUAUGCAAGGAAAUGUGCAUCACAGGUGUAAUGGAAAUUGUAUCAGUCAUACGUGCCGAAAUUCUCGAGAAAACAGGAUGCAAUGCAUCUGUUGGCAUUGGCAACAGUAUGUUAAUUGCACGUGUCGCAACGCGUCACGCUAAACCGAAUGGUCAGUUCCUGAUCGCAGUCGGUGAUAUCGAAGAAUUUAUCAAAAAAGAAAAAAUC